GAAACCGAAAGCUAAGUUGCAGUAACAGACAACCAGACGCCAUUUUAGAAGAUUCCAGAUCAGAAAUGUCUUCUCAUGUUACGGGAUUAAUAAGAUGGUGGAUCGAACACUUCCAGUGGCGUCACUGCUUGUUGGCAGUUUAUCGUCGAGACACCCCUCGCUGCAGACUGUAGCGCGGUGACGUCACGUACGUACGUCAGACCUGAAAUCAAGUUUCACAUUAAAGAGGAAGAAAAGAUGAACUCUGAAAUGAGUGUGUAUGAGGAGAGAGAGCAGGAGGCUCCUGAUCACACUCAGAGAGCAGCAUCUCCAGGAUUCACCUGUGUGUCUAUGAAGAGUAACAACUCCAUGAUUAUUCCUCCUGUUCUCAGUGAUGUUGACGCUCAAAGAGCAGGGUCUUCAGGAUUCAGCUGUGUGUCAAUCAAGAGUAACAACUCCAUGAUUAUUCCUCCUGUUCUCAGUGAUGUUGACGCUCAGAGAGCAUCGUCUCCAGGAUUCAGCUGUGUGUCGAUGAAGAGUAACAACUCCAUGAUUAUUCCCCAUAAUCUCAGUGAUGUUGACGCUCAAAGAGCAGCAUUUCCAGGAUUCAGCUGUGUGUCAAUGAAGAGUAACAACUCCAUGAUUAUUGCUCCUGUUCUCGGUGAUGGGCCUGCUGUGACCUCUGACCCUGUUCUCAUCAGCAGGAAGAGAAAGAGAGAAGCGUCUCCAUUAUCCAACAAUGUGUCCAUGAAAAGCAACCCACACAUGUUCAGUAACAGUGCAGUGCCCUUUCACCCUGUUAAUGGUUGGAGAGCUGACCAGAUCAGACAUGUGUCUUCACAGACCAGUACAUCCUCCUGCUAUCAGAACCACAUCAGUCAUCAUGAUACAGAAACAGACCUGCAGCUCCAUUCUCACCAACCACUUCUUAAUGAUCUGCAGAGAGUGAAAGACCAGCACAAAACCAGCAUGAGGAACAAGUAUGAGACCUUGUUUGAGGGAUUCAAACUACAAGAGAAUCAAACCCUCCUGAACAGGAUUUACACACAGCUGUACAUCAUAGAGGGAGAGAGUGAAGGAGUGAAUGAAGAACAUGAGGUGCUACAGAUGGAGAAAAGUUACAGAACACUCCAAGACACUCCAAUCAACUGCAAUGACAUCUUUAACCCUUUACCUGAACCAGGAUAUGAGGAGAAGAGAAGAGAGAGUAAAGACAAAAUAAAGACUGUUCUUACUAAAGGCAUUGCUGGAAUUGGAAAAACCGUCUCUGUGCAGAAGUUUAUUCUGGACUGGGCCGAGGAAAAAGCCAAUCAAGAUGUAGAUUUCAUGUUUGUACUUACAUUUCGAGAGAUGAACUUGAUUAAAGAUCAUCAGUACAGUCUUCACAGACUUCUGCUUGACUUUCAUCCUGAACUUCAAGAUCUGGACUCAAAGAUUUAUGAUGAAUGUAAAGUUGUGUUCAUCUUUGAUGGUCUGGAUGAAAGCAGAAUUUCACUGAUGUUUUCAGACAGUCAGAAAGUUUCUGAUGUGACUGAGAUUUCAUCAGUGGGUCUGUUGAUGUCAAACCUCCUGAAAGGAGAUCUGCUUCCCUCUGCUCUCAUCUGGAUCACCACCAGACCAGCAGCAGCCAAUCAGAUCCCCUCUAACUACAUCAACCGUGUGACAGAGAUUCAGGGAUUCAAUGACCCUCAGAAGGAGGAAUAUUUCAGGAAGAGAAUCAGUGACGAGCAUCAAGCCAGCAGAAUCAUCUCACACAUCAGAAGAGCAAGAAGCCUCCACAUCAUGUGUCACAUACCCGUCUUCUGCUGGAUCUCAUCCACUGUGCUUCAAAACAUCCUGAAACAAGAUCUCAGUGCAGAAAUCCCUCAAACACUGACUGAAAUGUACAUCUACUUCCUGCUCAUUCAAACAAAUAUGAGGAACCAGAAGUAUGAAGAGAGAGAUCCAGAGAAACUCCUGCAGUCCAGCAGAGAAGUGAUUGUGAAACUUGCUGAACUGGCUUUCAAUCAGCUGAUGAAGGGCAAUGUGAUGUUUUAUGAGGAGGACCUGAGAGAGAGCGGUAUAGACGUCACUGACGCCUCAGUGUAUUCUGGGAUCUGCACUGAGAUCUUUAGAGAGGAAUCUGUGAUUUAUCACAGGAAGGUUUACAGCUUUGUACAUCUGAGCUUUCAAGAGUUUUUUGCAGCACUGUAUGUGUUUUUCUGCUAUUUACACAAAAACAGUGAGGUUCUGAAAAUGUUCCUGACAGGAAAAUCCAGAACUCAGUGUGAGGAUGUUCCUCUGGAUGUGUUUCUGAAGGAAGCAAUGAAUAAAGCCUUGAGCAGUGAAAAUGGACACCUGGAUCUCUUCCUUCGAUUUCUUCAUGGCGUCUCACUGGAGUCAAAUCAGAGACUCUUACAUGAUGUACUGAUACACACAGAGAACAACCCAGAGAGCAUCAAGAAAAUAACCCAAAACCUCAAACGAGGUCAGAAAAACAACGUCAGUCCUGAAAGAUGGAUGAAUCUGACACACUGCUUGAUUGAGAUGAAAGAUAAUUCUCUUGUUGAAAAAGUGCAGGCGCUUUUAAAAUCUAAAGCAAAAAGUAAAAAUCUUUCUCUUGCACAAUGCUCAACUUUGGCAAUCAUGAUCCUGAUGUCAGAGGAGGUGCUGGAUGAGUUAGACCUAAAAAAGUACAAUAUCAAAUCAAAAGCGGGUCGAUGGAGACUGGUACCUGCUGUGGGGAACUGCAGAAAAUCUCUAUUGGCGGACUGUAAUCUCUCUGAUCAGCACUGUGAAAUCAUAGCUUCAGCUCUACAGUCAUCAAACUCUUCUCUGAGAGAGCUGGACCUGAGUCACAAUGACCUGCGAGGUUCAGGAGGAAAGCAGCUCUGUGCUGGUCUGAAGAGUCCAAACUGUCAACUCAACAAACUGAGAUUGGCAGGCUGUCAUCUCUCUGAUCAACACUGUGAAAUCAUGGCUUCAGCUCUACAGUCAUCAAACUCUUCUCUGAGAGAGCUGGACCUGAGUCACAAUGACCUGCGAGAUUCAGGAGUGAAGCAGCUCUGUGCUGGUCUGAAAAGUCCAAACUGUCAACUCAACAAACUGAGAUUAUCUGGCUGUAUGGUGACAGCAGAAGGUUGUGCUGCUCUGGCAUCAGCUCUGAGUUCAAACCCCUCGCACCUGAGAGAGCUGGACCUGAGCUACAAUCACCCAGGAGAUUCAGCUGAUACACUCAAACAUCUGGAAAAACUCAAUGUGGAUCAUGGAGGAGAGUUCAGGAUCACAGCAGGACCUCAGAAAUUCGCCUGUGAUCUCACACUGGAUCCAAACACAGCACACACUCUCCUCGUUCUGUCUGAGGAGAACAGAAAGGUGACGCGUGUCUCUGAGCGACAGUCAUAUCCUGAUCAUCCGGACAGAUUUGAUCAGUAUCAUCAGGUUCUGUGUUCAGAGAGUCUGACUGGACGCUGUUACUGGGAGACUGAAUGGAGUGGAGCUGGAGCUGAAAUAUCAGUGUCUUAUAAAGAAAUCAAGAGGAAAGGAUGGAGUAAUGACUGUUUGUUUGGAUGUAAUGUGAACUCCUGGAGUCUUGAAUGCUCUGAUCACAGAUUCACUGCUCGUCACAAUCAUAAAGACACAGAGAUCUCUGCUGCUCCAGACUCCUGUAAGAGAGUAGCAGUGUUUCUGGACGAGGAGGGCUCUCACACACAUACACACACAUUCUCUGACACACACACACUCACACACUUACACACAUUCACACACACAUUCACUCAACCUCUACUCGCUGGAUUUAGACUUCAUUAUUCAAACUCUUCAGUGUCUCUGUGUCACAUUAAACAUUAAACACACACACACACACACACACACACUCACACACACACAUUAGUACACAUAGGUUGAAUGUGUAAUGAUGUGAAAGUGUGUGUUUUAAUCUGAAUUCAGGAAGUUGAAUAUCAGUUUCCUGUUUCAGAUCAUCAGGAUGAAGAUGUUUCAGAGACUGUGUUUCAAUCACACACACACACACACAGACAAAUAUAUUGAAUAUUAUAUAGUGACAAAUCAUAUUUACUCUGCUGUGUCAUAUUUCACAGGCUGUAUUUUCAGGAGUUCAUGUGAUUCUAGUGUAAUAGAGUUCAGAAUAAAAUUACUGCAUCGUCAUCA